AUGCAAGACCUGUUGGCCGGUCUGGAAGUUAUUCAAGCGUUCACGACUACCCUGAAGCGCCACGACCUUGCGAUUAAUGAGGCACGGGCUUUGCUAGAGACCCUGAUCCCGCGGUUUGCGUGUAUGACGAGCUACCUCAGCCCUCUCGCGGUCAUCGUUUCGAACCCGACGUUUGAAGAUACCGUGGUCAAGGUCCUGGACGGUGAAGUCGGCAUGUGUUGGAAUGCGAGAUGGUACCGUUCGAGGUUGUGA